GGAAAGAGGCUCCGCUGCUGGCCCUUUAAGAGCUGAGCCUAGAUCUCACAGUUUACAGCGAGGGAGGGAGAAGAGGAGGGACACAGGCAGAGAGAGAGAGUGAGGGAGGGUGUAAGGCUGAAAGUGUGUGAGUAGAGAGACAGAGAGGAACACAGAGAGAGAAAGAGAGAGAGAGAGAGAAUCAGCAGUGUGUGUGAGAGGUUGAAGGAUCACUUCUAUCCCGUCUUGUUUUGGGGAGACUAACCUUGUUCAUCCGAGCAUUGUGGGACUGUUUUAUGUUGUUGUUGACGAGAGACGCGGACCCUUACUCCAGCAUGCUCACUGAGCCUGAGCUACCUCAGGAGUGUAACAGGAUGUCUUCCAAGCGACCAGCCUCUCCAUAUGGGGGGACAGAUGGAGAGGUAACCAUGACAACCAGCAGACAGCGAAUGGAUGAUGAGGAUAGUGAGGGACCGGGCGGUGUCAUCCACCUGCCCCUGGCCUCCUACUGCGGCAAGGUGUCCCCUCGCUCGCCCCACAACCGCAACUUGGACAGCCCCCCCACAUGGAGCAGGAUGGCAUUAAGCGGAAGCUCUCUGAGUCCUUACCCCCAGCACAAUGCUACCUCACCGGGUAAAGAGGAUGGCGGAGGGCGGCCCUGCAGCGAUGGGGGCUUGGCCGCGGGUACCCUCGGGACCCCAGAGAGACGCAAGGGCAGCCUGGCAGACGUGGUGGACACACUGAAACAACGCAAGAUGGAGCAGCUGAUCAAGAACGAGCCAGAAGAGGCCCCCAGCAUUGAGAGGCUGUUGUCAAAGGACUGGAAGGAUAAACUUUUGGCCAUGGGCUCAGGGCACAUCGGAGAAAUUAAAGGUACCGCAGACAGCCUGGCGGAGAAAGAGCGCCAACUCAUGGGCAUGAUUGGACAGUUGAGCAGCCUGAGGGAGCAGCUCCUGGCGGCCCAUGAGGAUCAGAAGAAACUGGCCGCCUCGCAGAUGGAGAAGCAGAGGCAGCAGAUGGAGCUGGCCAAGCAGCAGCAGGACCAGAUUGCCCGGCAACAGCAGCAGCUUCUGCAGCAGCAACACAAAAUCAACCUCCUGCAGCAACAAAUCCAGCAGGUCCAGGGCCAACUCCCUCCGCUGAUGAUUCCCGUUUUCCCUCCGGACCAGAGGACUCUGGCGGCGGCUGCAGCCCAGCAAGGCUUCCUAAUGCCCUCUGGCUUCAGCUACAAGCCUGGCUGCAGUGACCCCUACCCUCUCCAGCUCAUCCCCACAACUAUGGCUGCUGCUGCUGCUGCCGCUGCCGCCACACCAGGCCUGGGACCCCUACAGCUACAGCAGUUGUACGCAGCUCAGCUGGCAGCCAUGCAGGUUUCCCCAGGCGGCAAGCAGCACGGAGGAAGCCUGCCACCCCAAGGCAACCUGCGCACACACUCCCCGCCCACCAACAUGCACUCACAGAGCGAAAAGGGCCGCAACUCCCCGCUACCAAACAAGGCCAAGGACAGUGAGGGUGCACAGCCACUGAACCUGUCGGCCAAGCCUAAGGCAUCCGAGAGCAAGUCACCCAACUCCCCCCCAACUUCCCCACAGGUCGCUGCUGCUGCUGCUGCCGCCAAGCUGGGCCCUGCCAUGAAGCACAGCAUCGCCGCCUCCAGCAUCGGAGGUCCACCGACCAGAGUCAGCUCGAUAGCAGACUUGUUGUCGUCACUGUCCACGACCGCCUACCUGAAUGACCAUGAGGCGGUGACCAAGGCCUUCGCCGAGGCCCGGCAGAUGAAGGAGCAGCUGAAGAGAGAGCAGCAGGUCCUGGACGCCAAGGUCGCCGCCGUCAGCAACCUCAGCCUCAACAAUGGACGCUCGGACAAGGACAAGGCUGCCUUGGAGAGUCUGAGUCAACAGCUGAAGCAGCAGGCGGAGGACAAGUUCAGCCACGCCAUGCUGGACUUCACCAUGAGCGGAGACUCUGACGGCUCCCCCAGCGUGUCAGACUCCAGAAUAUUUCGGGAGGCUCGGGGUCGCGGCACCGCCGAGCCUCACAUCAAGCGGCCGAUGAACGCCUUCAUGGUUUGGGCCAAGGACGAGAGGAGAAAGAUUCUCCAGGCCUUCCCCGACAUGCACAACUCCAACAUCAGCAAGAUCCUCGGCUCACGCUGGAAAGCCAUGACCAACCUGGAGAAGCAGCCCUACUACGAGGAGCAGGCUCGCCUCAGCAAGCAGCAUCUGGAGAAAUACCCAGACUACAAGUACAAGCCGCGACCCAAACGCACCUGCCUGGUGGACGGCAAGAAGCUGCGCAUCGGCGAGUACAAGGCCAUCAUGAGGUCCCGCAGACAGGAGAUGAGACAAUACUUCAGUGUGGGGCAGCAGGGCCAGAUGCCCUUGUCCUCUGCAGGCGUGGUUUACCCAGGUGCCCUGUCCAUGGCGGGAAUACCCUCACCACAGAUGCCCUCUGAGCACUCUAGCAUGUCCAGCAGCCCCGAGCCAAACGCCAACCACCACCAGAACCCCCACAUGGCCGGCCUGAAGGAGGAGCCACGAAUCAAGCAGGAGGAGCUGCGGCUGGACGACAGCAACGGCGACGUGUACGACGACUUCGAAUACGAGGACGAAGAGGCAGAUUACACCAGCGAUAAUGAGAACCGUAUCACGCAAUAGGAAGGCGUGACAGCCGCCUAAUUAUAAGCCAAUCACAGCUGGUUAAUCCCACACAAUCCCAAAACCCUCCAAUCAGGAAGAAAACUUUCUCUUUUUGCCAAUCACCUUGUGUCCCAAUGUCACCACACCCGCCCCCCUCUCCCCCUCCUGACUUACAUGGACUCUUCUAACAGAGCCGAGGCCCUCCCACUGGAGUCCUGAUACCAGCAUCUGAUCAAUCAACUGAAGCACAGGACCUGUCACUCACACUGACUGUUACACUAACUGGAGUCUGACGACCAAGCCAGCCUCUGAAGCUUGCUGAGGAGUAUUCAAGUACUACUGCAAGAUUAUUGAGUGUAAUACACGAGUGAGGAGAAAUAUAAAUCACACUCAAAAAGCAACCUUUUAGUCCUGCUUGUAGUAAAAGCAGAGCUUUUCAAAUGAAAGACGAAUCAGUGGACCUGUCAAAGGCUAACAGAUGACACUUUAAGAUGGCGGACCUGUUUAUUAUCAAGAGACGCUUUUUUUGUUCUUUGGUUCUAUAAUAUUCUCACUCAGGUACACGGUGCCAAUAAGUGGCUUGUGAAUGUGAUUUGUUGUUUUUGUGCUACAAGUUUGAAUAAUAAUAGAAAAAGAGACAUUUCUUUUUUUCCCUGUUUUGUUGUAAAGCACCUGAAAGAUAUCAGACAUGUUUAUUUUUAACAAAAACAUAUCGUUUCUUCGACCUCGCAGUGUGCUGUCAGCGGUUCUCCCCUUUUUUCUCUGUGUUUUUGUGACUGCCCACUCCCCCCCCCUAAUUGGAAUUCGAUGGGACGGUCCAGCCAGGACUGACCAGUGGACUGUCCCACUUUGAGGGAUUUUCAGGGGGGAGAAGGAGAGUCUCUUUGGGUUCACGGAGCAGAAACUAAAGCACUGUGUUGUGAGACAAUCCACCAGUUUUCUUCUCGCUCCGUCCCUCUAUCUUGAUCUCGUCCAGGGCGAAACAUCAGAACGACUUUGCUCGAGUGUGUGUCGGUGUGUGUACUCAUUUAUUGGCCGUUUGCACCUUUGUGUAAAAUCUCAUUUUCAGUGUUGGAUACAGAAAGACGGGCUGCUGUUAUUUACUGUACCACACACACACACACACACACACACACACACACACACACACACACACACACACACACACACACUUCUGUCCCUCAGUGUUUUCCUGCUCCCUCACACCAACAUCGUGCAGCUGCCCCGGCGGGCUGAGCUGAAGCAGCCAGUCAGUGUUUCUGUUUGUAUUUGAAUACUGUAUUUUAUUAUUUCUCUUCAAACUGCCUCUAGUCUAAUAAUAUUAUUAACAAUAAUUAUAAGGAUGGUCAGCGUUUCCUAAGUUUAGUAAGUUAUGUACAGUAUAAUUUAUUUUUCUCCUCUUUAUGACCAUAUGAAACUAUGACAGUCAAUGAAACAUUAUUCUAUUUAGCUGGUAGGUAUUUAGAUCUAAACAAAAGUUGUCAUUUUUACCUUGCUUUGUUUCGCAUUCUUUUGUUGCGUUCGUUUUGUAUUAAUCCCCCGGACGGGCGGGCGAGUCGACCCCGGCCCCCCUCCGAGCUGAAGACAUAACCUUCUCAUGUCCAAACCCAUUUCUAAAAAGCACUCAGACUUUGAGAAAAAGAAGAACAUGAUUUUUUAUUGUUAUUAUAAUUUUAUUUGUAAUGGUUAUUAUAAUGUAUAAUGUGAAGUUUCCUCUUUUUUUGCCUUUUUUUUUAUUGGAGGGAACAGUUUUAUCACUUUUUGAAACUGUUUCCUGUGAACAAAGAGUCCCGUCCCCGUUUACUAGUCGUGGCCGCCUCACGAGACGCAGUGGAACAUCUUUGGCUUUGAUACACUCACACAUACAUGCACGAACACAAUCACCCACACACCUUUCAAACGAAGAGAUUAUCAUGACAACCAAACGAAUCCUAUGCUGUCCUUUUUUCUGUUUUAUGAAAUCUAGUAUUCUAGAUUUAAAAUCCUGUACAUAUAUAUUUUGUUUGGUGUUUUUUUAAAUCAUAGGAAAGCAGUGUUUACCGUCCAGCAGGAUGUUCCACUGUGUGUGAGACGACCAGACAGUAUCUUUAAAGUCACUUCUCAUCAGGAGCCCUUUGCUUUGUUUGAGCUCCACGCGACGCUACAGGAGCCUUGACUACUCUUCAGGUGUGCUGUCACAUAGUGAUCCCCACAAUCAUCCUCGCUGUAGAUGUUCGCUACAUGCCACAUAAUGAGCCUCUGGGUCUUAAUUUUGCUGUAUAGUCACCCCUGUUAUCACAACAUGGUUUAACCCGAUGCUGGAGAGAGGGGACUAAGUGGAUCAAUCCAUUUCUAGGGUAUCAGGUGGGUGGGGCAUUAAGACGUCAAUCAUCCCUGCUGGCAAGGUCUGACCCCAUAUCAAGACAAUGAAGAUAUUAUUUAAGACAAUCAAUCAAAGUCAUGAGUGGAGCUCAAAACAAAGUAAGAAUUAUUACAAGUAAAAAAAAAUAUCUUACCAUCUCAACUUGAAAAAUCAAGAAAGAUAAUUAUGUAAAUAUAACAUAGAGUUAUAGAUUUAUAUUUUGUUCAUAACACAGUGUAAUAUAAGUUGUAUAUUUCUUUUUUUUUCUCUCCCUACUGUCUCUUUUAUUGAUGUUAUUCAUGCCACAGAAAAGCAGAAGUCGCAGUACUCUCACAAAAAAAUGAAGAAAAAUAUCAAAGAAAUAAAGAAAAACAGGACGAAGAAGAAAAAAAAAAAUCUGUGGGCUGCCACCACCAUCUGUUCUAAGUUCACUUUUUUUUCAGUAUUACUGCCAGACAAGGCUCCAAUAAAGACAGCAAUGUGUUCGGUAAAA